CUGUACAUCGAUCGAACCGUAGAGAAAUCCCUUUCUGUUUCCAAACGACACCAGUUAGCUGACUCUGAAACCCCAUUCCUCAGAGCCCCCGCAACAAUGGCAAUAUCGACCGUCCACAGACUCUCCUCCCAACUCAACCGCCUACCUUCCCUCUCUCUUUUCACCAAAUCCGUCCUUAUCCGCUCCUCUGCCACCGCCACCACCUCCUCCGCCAAAGUCGCCGAUCGAAUCGUUAAGCUCUACGCGGUCGACCUUGACGGUAAAAAGCAGGAGAUAGUCGGCCUCGCUGGCCAGACUCUCCUCAAGGCUUUAACCAACAAAGGUCUCAUCGACCCUGCGUCCCACCGACUAGAGGAGAUCGACGCUUGCUCCGCUGAAUGCGAGGUCAGCAUCGCCCAGGAGUGGCUCGAUAAGCUGCCACCGAGAUCUUAUGAUGAGGAGUAUGUUUUGAAGAGGAAUUCUAGAGCUAGGGUUUUGAACAAGCAUGCUAGGUUGGGAUGCCAGGUCGUCCUUACGCCAGACCUUCAAGGUAUGGUUGUUGCGAUCCCCGAGCCAAAGCCUUGGGAUAUCCCCUAAACUGAACAUUGAUUACAGGGUUUUGCGUUAAUUUUGCUUUACCUUGCUGUUUGGCAUUGAAUAUUCAAUAAUUUGAACCCUUGAAAUGGGUUUUUGUUUCCUGGAAUGUGGGAUAUGUCUAAGAUUCCCUUCUUUUGGGUGCGCUGAACUUAAUUCGAUGUUCUGGAUUAGUUAUUUUGAAUUUUCUGCAAAAUCAUUGUUUACCCUAA